GUCCGCUUUUUGUACUUCAGAUCUCAUGCUCUGAGGAGAUUUCUCAAUGUGGAGGACGUGGUCCGUUAGGAGGGCAGUCCGUCUCUGGCACGUGGCGGGCUGCAGCUCCUUACGAUGCGCUCGACCUCCUCUUCCUCCUCCUCAGAGGUUCUUUUUCUCCUACAAGCUUUCACAAUGUUCCUCGUCAUUCCUGUCCCCGGUUUGGUCUUCCCCUCGGUGGAACCACCCUUUGGAAGGACUGCAGGUUAUAGGGGUCGUCAGUUGCUGCAGAACCUCGAAGAAAGACGUCAAAUCAACAAUAGAUUUCCCUAUUCACCCUGUCACGGUAACAGACAUCAAACAGUACCUUCGCUCCAAAGAAAUCCCCUUUCACGAUGGCUAUAGCUGCUUACAUACCCCCAGUAUAUUUUUGGAACCCAGAGCAGGUGCUCCAGAAGGAACCGGAAAAGAAAAAAAUUACUCCAUGUUCAUUGAUAAAACCACGGGGCACUUCCUCUGUAAGGAGACGCUUGUGGAGGGGAGUUGGGAGGACCUGCAAGACUGUUUGGAGGUGAUGCGGACAGCAGGCCAGGCUUCACUCCACCCAGGUGUGCUGGUGGGAUACCCCGAGACUUUGGAGGAGCGAGAGGAGCGAGAGAUGGAGCUGAAGGAGGUGGAGAGAAUCUGGAACAGCUCGGUUCCUUUCUCCGACCUCCCUGAGGAGGAGGCGCAGCUAGUUAAAACCAUGUUCCAGAUCGAGAAGCUCUCCAACGCCACGCUGAAGAAAUUCAGGGUGAGGUUCUUCAAACCCACAAAGAGUCUGGUGUUUCCCUGGUUCGGGGGACCCGGCUCAGGUCUGCGGGGAGUCAAACUGUUGUCUGCAGCCGUCAAGGACGGCGCGCAGGUAGUCUACACCGAGGCCACCGUCCCCAAAUCCUCCGGUUACCACAACCUGUUCGGACUGCACUUGGUCGGACACAGAGACGUGGAGGUGGUGCUAACUGGGAGGGAGAUCGACAGCAUGGCAGUCAGUCAAGCCACCAGUUUACCCACUGUGGCUCUGCCCAGGGGCGUCAGCUGCCUGCCCCCCAUUCUCCUGCCCUACCUCGAACAGUUUAAGAGGGUGACGCUUUGGCUGGGCGGGGACAUUCGGUCUUGGGAGGCUUCCAAAAUCUUCUCCCGCAAACUGGGCCUGAGGAGGUGUUCCCUGGUGCGGCCCGGCGAUUUCCAGCCCAGUCCGUGCGAGGCGCUGACCCAGGGAAGGAACCUGGCCCGGAUCAUCAAAGCCUCCAUCCCGGCCGCCCACAAGUCCAUCGUAUCCUUCCGCCAGCUUCGGGAGGACGUGUACGGGGAGCUGGCCAACACCGAGCAGGUGGCCGGGGUCAAGUGGACCCGGUUCCCUGAGCUCAACAAACUCCUGAAAGGACAUCGCAAAGGAGAGCUCACCGUCUUCACAGGUCCGACGGGCAGCGGUAAGACCACGUUUAUCAGCGAGUACGCUCUGGACCUGUCCACGCAGGGCGUCAACACCCUGUGGGGAAGCUUUGAGAUCAACAACGUGCGUCUGGCCAAGAUCAUGCUGACGCAGUUCUCCAUGCAGAGGCUGGAGGAGAACCUGGACCAGUACGACGCCUGGGCGGACAAGUUUGAGGAGCUCCCCCUCUACUUCAUGACCUUCCACGGACAGCAGAACAUCAAGGUGGUGUUGGACACCAUGCAGCAUGCGGUGUACAUGUAUGACAUCAGCCACGUCAUCAUCGACAACCUGCAGUUCAUGAUGGGUCAGGAGCAUAUAUCUGUGGACAAGUUUGCUGUGCAGGAUCAUAUCAUCGGAGCUUUCCGUAAGUUUGCCACAAACAGCUGCUGUCACGUGACUCUGAUCAUCCAUCCCAGGAAAGAGGAAGACGAUAAGGAGCUGCAGACAGCGUCGAUCUUCGGCACGGCGAAGGCCAGUCAGGAGGCAGAUAACGUGCUGAUCCUGCAGGAGAAGAAACUGGUGACGUGUCCCGGCCGCAGGUCUCUCCAGGUGGCCAAAAACCGCUUUGACGGAGACGUGGGGAUUUUCCCGCUCGAGUUCAACAAGUCCGCUCUGACCUUCUGCGCCCCGGUCAAGAGCAAAAGCAAACUGCGCAAGGUCAAACUGGACAAGGCGGAGGGCGCGGAGAACCCCGAGGACACGAAGACGAAAGAGGGGGCACAGACGGCAGUAAAGCCCCCCAAAACGCCCAAGACGGUGAAAGGUCGCGCAGAAGGAAAGAAAGGAACAGAGGGAGAGGGCAAGAAGCCUUAAACGG